AUAGAAUUAAAAUAUAUUCCGCAGGCCGCAUAAAAUUGCUUCGGGGUCCAACAGUUUCAAACCACUGUUAUAAGAUACAUGAAUAGGAUUUAAAUACUUACAGAAAUUUACAAUAAUAUCGACAAUAUAGCACAGCCUUGGCUAGCUUCUGUGUGUGUAAUAUAUGAUCGACUUUUGAUUUCAAAAGUGAUACGGUCGCGAAAUUUAUUCAAGGCAAAAGCAAGGAUGCAUCUGGUGCUUAGAAAAAAAAAAAAAAAAAAAAAACUCGGGCGCUUAAAAAAAAUCAGUCUGCUAAAUAUAAAAAGAUCACGAUGACGAUCCCCUCCUCUCAGCCUAGGCCUAUAACUAGUAUAGUAGAAUAUCAUAGGCAGAAAAGUUUCGACUCCUCCCUUCGCACAUCAGGGGGGUUUACAUAUAAAAACGCACAAGACAAGCACCACCCCUUCAUCUUGGCCGUGAAGCAUUCAGAAAAUUUUCCUCCUUACAUCAGACAGUUACAGGACCAGAAAAUGAAUGACCCGGAACUUUAUGCCCGUGCCAGCCCAUUCCAAAUAAGGGAUGCCAAUCACGUCCUAAAAGAUUACCAGAACCAUAUGAUGAUGAAUGAUUCGGAUGUUGUCCUAGACAUCGGCUGCGGUACAGGCGACGUCACGACUCGUAUUCUCAGCCCAGCCAUUGGCCGUUUCGAAUUACUACUUGGAGUGGACAAGUCGCCAGAAAUGGUGCAGUACGCGAAACAACACUAUGAAGACGAUAACAUUCAAUAUGAUGUGUUGGAUAUAGCAGGUGACGUCACUGAGUUUCGUGAGGACUGGGGCACGUUUUCGAAAAUAUUCUCCUUCUAUUGCCUUCACUGGGUGAAAGAUUUGAGAAAGGCUUUAUCAAAUAUACAACAUCUUAUGCAACCAGGCGGUGAAUGUCUGCUGGUAUUCGUAGCACAAUGUCCAGUAUUUGAAAUGUACGAAAGAAUGGCCAAAAUGUCAAAAUGGCAAGAUUAUAUGGAGGACGUGAAUGUAUAUGUUCCAGACACACAACAUAUGACUCAGCCAUCCUUCACAUUUUCACAAAUGAUGGAAGAUGCAGGAAUAAUCAGUAUCAGUUGCUCUACACUACACAGGAGUUUUGCUUUCACUUCUACAAAAAUGCUAACAGAUUGUAUGGUGGCAGUAAAUCCUUUCAUUAAACGAAUACCAUUCAGUGAAAGGGAGGCAUUUAUUGAAGAUAGCAUCAAGACUCUAGCUGCCAUCAAGCUCGAAAAAGGAAAUGCCAAUGAAAAUGAAUCAUGCUGCUUCACUUAUAAGCUGCUGGUGGCACAUGGCACAAAAAACCAAUUUCAUGAAAUGUCUUCUUUUUAGAGUUUUUAAAAAAAUUAUACACAUAGAUAUAAUAGGCAAAGUGCUUAGACAUCAGAAAAAUAGAAUUGUCUUUUUUUUUUAAUGCAGGUUAAAUAGGUAUUUAGUGUCAAAUAGGCCAAAUAGGUAUUAGUAUAAAUGAGGGAAUUUUAUUUUUUGUUUAUUGUAUUUUAUUUUUUCAAAGAUUACAGGAUUUUAAAAUAUGCAAUAUUUUUAUCGCUAAACUUGAAAACUUAACAACUUUUAAAAUAAAAUUUAACACUAAACCUAAUUUUUGUUUGCCUUCAUAUAAAAUCUAUUGUAUUUCAACCAAAAAUAAAACAGCUAAAUAUUUUAAUUUAUCUAUAUAAUAUAUAGAUAUAUAUAUCUAUUGUAAAAUUUUUAUAAAUAGCUAUUAAAACUAACACAUAACCUCAUUUAUAUUUUUGGUAUUUAAAUAAAAUGUUUAUUACAAUGUUACAAAGAAAUGAUAUUAUUACAUACAUUAGUUUCCUAUGUAACAUUAUUACUACAUAAAUUAAUUUAACAGCUUUUUUAAAAAUGAAUUUUGUAAUGUAGCAAUUUUAAAUAAUAUUUUAUAUGUAAUUUAAAUCAAUGAAAACAUUUUAAUGGCAUACAUAAAUUAAUCAGAAGUUUAAGAGCUUCAGAUUAAAAAGAAAAGGCAGAGAUAAAAAAAUUUAGACUUUGAGAAACAGGAAGUUCUUCUCCAUGAAAACUUCUUCAGAAUGUACAGCAUUAUUUCACAUCAGAAUAAUGAUCUUUGUAUAAAAGGGAAAAAACUGCAUAUGCAUAUAUUAUACUUUGUGAAUGUCAAAUUUCAAAUAUGAUAAAAUGUUCUGCCAUACAACUUCUGGUUCAUUGAUAUCCCAUUAUAAAUCUUGGUACUUUCUGAUUAUCGGCACCCCCACAAAAAGUCACCGAUUCACAAUUUUGUGAAUUGGCAAGAAACAUCUAUUUAACAAUCUUUACAGCUAACAGGUUUUGUUAUGUUCAUUAAUAAUAAUAAAAAAAGCAUUGGUGAGAAAAGCAAAAAUCUAUAUAGAUACUUACAGAAUUGCUAUUAAAUGUAAUGCGUGUAAAUGUGUGUGUAUUCACAUUUAUGUCAUACAUGCAUGUGUGGAUUAUUUAUUAUCAUGUAUAUAAUUGAAAAUAAAACAAAAUUGGCAAUUCUAUGAAAAAGUGAAACUAAAAAUGCAGAUAAUCCAGACAGCACCAACAAUUUUUUUAAUGAAACUAUUAUUAAAUUUUCAACAGAGUGUAUGUACAUUAUUUAUAACAGAAAGCAAAAACUAAUUGUAAACAAUAUGCCACUCAAAUUUGAUUUUAAAAAGUGUGAAAAUUUGUUUUAUGAAAUUCAAUAUUUUGGUAUUUACCUUUCUGAUAAAAUGUGCUAAUUAAUCUAUAAACCAAUUGCUGUUAAUUAAAUAAACAUUCACUGUAUUCAAUAAAUAUUAUAGAUGUUCUUUUUUUUAA